AUGCUAUUCAGAAGACGUACUAAUAGCAUAAUUAUAGUUGGUAUCUUUCUCUUAUGGAUAUUAUUUCUCUUCCUGAUUAUAGCUAGACAAGAUGUGAAACUAAUAUCCACUAACGGUUUAAUACAUCCAGAACCUGAGAAAGUCUUACAAUUAAAACAUGAAAUUCAAAAUGAUAGCCCAUCAGACCAUAUUAACCAGUCGAAUGUAUAUAAUUCUUUGUUUCAAGAAUAUGAUAUUGAUGUACUCCUUUCAUUGGACUCGGGACAAAAAUGUGAGCUUUAUUUUAAAACUUUGUAUUCCUUGGAUCCCAAUUGGAAUUUUGACCCUAAUGACAAAUUAAGCUUAAAGGGGUUUAAUUCACCUGAAUUCAAUCAAUUUAGAAAAGAAAAGGGCAAGUCAAAACUGCUCAAAUCUAUACAAGCAGAAUUUUCUCAAACCCAAUUAGAGGAAAAUCAACAAAAGGUUCGUGAUAUUCUUUCGAAUUUUAGAAUAUUCAACAAGUGUUAUAUAGGAACAACAUCGACUAAUCAAUUAAGUUGGCAUCCAAAGUCAUGGCUUGCUUCAUUAUUUGAGGAAAAAUCCACUCAGUCUUUCCUUAAGGGUACUCAUACAUUUGAGAAAAGAUUUUAUCCUUGGUUAUCAGGAGAAUCGCCUACUUAUGAAGAUUGGUCUGGGGUAGUUCAUUUUGACGUUCCAUACUCGGCUUCCCCUUACAACAACCCAUAUUGGUUAAAUAGAUUUCAAAAUAAAUUCAAGGGCAGGGGUAUUGUUUUAACUAUUGGAAACCAACACGUGGAUAGUUUGAUUAGACUAAUUAGAGUAUUGAGGGCACUAAAGAAUCAAUAUCCUAUUCAAAUUUUUGUGGAUGAAGAUUUUUCACAGGAAGCCAAAGACAAAAUAGUUGAUGCAGCUCGUAGCAAUUUUACUGAAUUGCCACCUUCAUUUGAUAAGGUUUUUGAUAUUCUCGGAGAAGACUACAUAAAUCCAGAAAAGGGAUUGCCUCCCCAAGACAUUUGGUUUGUCAAUAUUAAAAAUACAAUAGUACCAUCUUAUUGGUCAUUGUUUAAAGGCUUUAAUAAAAAACUUUUAGCAAAUAUUUUCAAUUCAUUUGAAGAAUAUAUGCUUCUUGAUAGUGAUAGUGUGAUACUUGAAAAUCCCGAAUUCUUUUUCAACAUCAAAGAAUAUAAACAAACUGGUGCUUAUUUUUUCAAGGAUAGAAGUUGGGAUAACCGUACCCAAAGUUCAAUUAACUUUUUUAAAUCAUUGGGUCCUUGUUUAAUAGACUCCGUUAUAUUUGAUAUUCCCAUGAUGACAAAUCACACGUUAAAUCGAGAAUUCUUUAAAGGUUUCAAGCAUUAUAUGGAAUCAGGGUUGGUUUUGAUGGACAAGAAAAGGCAUUUCAAUUCUAUUCUUAUGAUGCUACAGCUAAGUUUCUUUGAACCAGUAGAUAAAAAUGUAUAUGGAGAGAAAGAAUAUUUUUGGUUAGGUAUGGCGUUCAAUGGUGAUGAAUCCUAUGAAUUCGAACCUAAUUUUGCCGCUGCAAUUGGAAACUUCACAGAUACAAAUAAUUCUAUUAAAGAAGUCUGUUCUGCCCACCCAGCACAUUUAAGUGCCCAUGAUGGACAUUUAUUGUGGAUAAAUUCUGGUUUUCAAUUUUGUCACAGAGAUGAUAAAGGUAUUAUAGAUUAUAAAACAGAAGCAAGUCACGGUGAUAGGUUUUCUAGUGAUCCAGAUAAACUUAAAAUAUUUUACGAAUCAUUACUCAGACCAAACAAUGGAAUUAUUCCUCCAAUAUCUCUAGAGUCGACGAGUAGCAACGGCCCUACAAGUGGAUGGUCUCAGGACUUUAGGUAUUGUGCUAGAAAAUUAUAUUGCGCACAUUCAAGUAUUGGAAAUAAAGAUAAACCUAUAUUGGGACAGGUAAUCACUUUUAAUGACACUUCUAAGAAUUUAAUGACAUAUUUUGGAGAAAUUUGGAUGGGCUAG